CUUUCAUUUAAGCAAAAGUUAUCCUGAGAAAAGCUCCAACAAGAACGAAGCCUCCCAGUUCUCCACAAGAAGCUCACAUACACAAUAGUAACAAGUCACUCUGGAAUCUGACAUCAUACCGCAGCCUAAGGCCCCAAAGAAAAGCCACCCCGGAUAAUAAAACACACGUGACCAUCCGAUAACAUGAUCAGCGCUUACCAGAAACAAUGAAACAAAUCCCCAGAACCUGAUCAUCGUCCAACAUCCACAGCCGAGAAAAUGAUCCGAUGGCGACAGUCGACGAUGGCGAACUCGUCUUUUACCCGGCAUUCUGCUUCCGAGCAUCUCCGACGCAUUUCGCCUGGGUAAAGAUGGGAGCUGUAGAUGUGCAUUUACUUAAACGGAGGGCUGGGUUUGAAGAUCAAUCCACGUUCUUCUACAUGAAUCACCCCAUCCGCUUCGUCUCUCUAGUCGGCAUCAUCGUCGCCCGAACAGAAUACCCCACACUAACUAUCCUCACGGUUGACGACAGCAGUGGCGUGACACUCGAUGUCAUUGUCCUCAAAGCUCCGAUUACCGAAGACGAUGGUGACAAGCCCGUCCGAAGCGGCAGAGGAGAGGAUCUACAGUCUGCGCGCGCGACUAGACACGUCGCAGCGACCAAUAAGACAACCGUGGAUAUGACGGCCUUGGUCCCCGGUGUUGUGGUACAAGUGAAGGGGACGUUAUCGAUGUUCCGAGGUACAAUGCAGAUUCAAUUAGAAAGGGUUUCCGCGGUCCAGGACACCAACGCCGAAAUGCGCUUUCUCGAUCAGCGGAGUCGAUAUCUUGUUGAGGUACUUUCUGUGCCGUGGAGUUUGACGGAAGAUGAGGUUGAGAGAUUGCACUACGAGGCAGAUGAUGAAGAGGAGAGGCUUGAGGAGGAGCAGGAGAGGAUAAAAAGACGACAGCGAAGACGGACUGAGCGGGAGGAGAAGGACCAGAGGAGAAUUCAGAAGUUAUGGGAGCGAGAAGAGAGACUCAGAGCCGAGGAAGCUUUGUAUAGCCGGGAUGCCGGAGCAAAAUACAUGCGUGACUUCGAAGCGAGAAAGGCAUAGUAGCGUUGGAGCAAUAAUGUUUUGAAGGCUGUGUUGCGCAAUCCUACCGAAAAAAAAAAAAA